AGCAGGACUGCGGAGGGCAUUCUGACACUGGGGGGAACUGACUUGGAUUCACUGCCAUCCCCAUUGACACCAAUACACUGAUCAGUGCUAAUAAAAAGCACUGACACUGUACUAAUGGCACUGGGAAGGAAAGGGUUAACUUGGGGGGCGGUCAAAGGGUUAACUGUGUGCUGUUUUACUAAUGUUUUACUAGGGGGCGGGGGGGGAUGCUUCACUGUAAGCACACUGAUCAGGAUGGCUGUGCUCCCGAUCAGUGUGCCAAAACUAACAGGGGAGGAGAGCUGCAUUGUAAACAAU